CAUACGACGACCGGUCAUUUGGCAUCGAAAACUGCACGAGGCCGCAGCUGUCCCGUCAUGGCUUCAGGACAUGGUUACAGCCUUUUCAUUCUUCUGGCGGCACCGCUGCUUGCCACGUGCCAGCUACGGCUAAACGCCGGCUGCAAGGUGGAGACCCUGCACGCGUGCGACGAAGACUACAUUCCAUACACCAAAGGCCCAUACCUGCACGAGUCCGGGAAUGAGUUCGACGACGGAUGCAAGACGAACAAGGGGCAGAUCGCGUGCGCGCUGAAGUUCAUCACUAACUGCACGGAGGGCCUCGCCCGUGCCGCGGCACUGGUAGCAGUGGAGGCGCUGGAAGAGCACAUCGAGGCUAUCUGCAACGUGGGCUCGGAUCCAUACAAAGAGUACCAAAGAGACAUCAAAUGCCUGAAUGCUCAUGGUGAAAACAUCCACAAGUGCUUCAAGGCCUUCCACAGUCUUCUGGAACGGGCCAUCGUCAAGGGUCCAGCCAGUGAAGUUAUUCAUUACGCGUGCUGCUCGCACUAUGACGCGAUCGACUGCGUAUCAAACGCCCUGGCCUCGUGCGAGAGCGUCGACUCCAAGGAUUUUAUGAUCGGAGUCAUCCAGCAGAUGUUCGGUGAAACGCUCAACCUGGUCUGCGGCCGCUACACGAAGGGUUCGGAAGGCUGCAGGUCCUUGCCGCAGUUGCCAGAGCUUGAUGCCAAAGAUCGGCGGAUCGGCAACCUCGUCGAGCUCCUCUUGGAAGCAGCUGGCAGCAUUGGACGCAAAAGCUAGCCAACGUGCAACAACAACUACAACGGACUACAACGUGCAAAUGGAAACGAAUAAUAACAUCCUACUAUAACAUCCCUUACACGACAUACGUACAAAACAAAUGCUGGUCAUACACGUCGAUUUCUAACGUCAGAGUUAACGCCAGAGAUCCAACCUUGUUUAGGAAAGCUGUUCUCACUCCUUCAUUAAAGAAACCAUUCUGGU